GUUCUCUUUCAGUUUAUAUCAGAGAGCCCAAUGGAGUCUUCUGAAGAACCUAGUCGGGUUAACAGGGCUAACUUAUUACAAGUCCCCACUGUAAAUGAUUUUGCUUCAGAGGAUGAAGAUGUUAAAAUUGACAUUGAACUUCGUUACUCUCCACGUCCCCGAAGGCGGAAUUCUGCAUCUUCAGAGGAAGAGGAGGCCUAUACUCCCACCAACAUCUCAAGAAAAGUUUCAUUUGCUGAUGCAUUUGGGUUUGAUCUUGUGUCUGUUAAAGAGUUCAAUAUCUGGGAAUUACCAAAUACGGGAUACGACAAUGAUAUAGAAGAUGAAGUUUUUCCUCAGGAUGAAUAUUUUUUCUCUCAGCUGUUUACAUUACCUCCUUCUCAAGAAGAACUUCUGCAAAAAGUACGAGAGCAAAAAGUAAUGUUGGAGUCAAUUCUGCUCCUGCCUGGGAUUACCUGUAUGAAUGGCAUUAUACGAGUCCUCAAUAUAUCCUUUGAAAAACAGGUGUAUGUUCGAACAACACUGAAUAACUGGCUCAGUUAUUAUGACAUCCUCGCAGAGUUCAUGCCUAAUUCUUGUGGUAAUGAAACAGAUCAGUUCUGCUUUAAGAUUUCUUUGGUGCCUCCUUACCAGAAAGAUGGAGUUAAGGUGGAGUUCUGUAUACGGUACGAGACAUCAGUUGGUACCUUUUGGGCAAACAAUGAUGACAAAAAUUACACGCUGAUUUGUCACAAGAAAAAAACUGCAUCCAAGGCGGAAAAUAAACCCCAGAAAGAGGUUACAGAUAGAUCUCUUAAAGGCUGCUUAAAGACAACACAAAACAGCAGAAAGGAAGAAAUAUUGGCAACAUCUGAUGAUGACACAUGGAAUAACUCAAAGACUUCAGACACAAACAUCCCAGAGAUUGUUUAUUCACAAGCAGAAGACAAGGACACUGAACGAGCUAAUGAAAAUAUAAAAGAGAAAAAUGCAGAAUACAAGCAGGGUGAUCACAAAGAUGAUGAAAAAGAAUUAGAGUUGCUGUUAAAUCAGCACUUCACAGAAGCUAGAGGUACCUCUUCCAGAGAUGAAAGGAGUUUAUACACCACAGAACCAGUUAAUUUUCCAAGUGAAACUGAAAGAUUGGUGAAACAGCUAACCUGUAUAGAAAGAAGCAGUGACUUGCACCCUGUGCCUAUCAGUUCCUCAUCCGAAAACACUUCACAAGUGAUAGGAGGAGAAUUAAAAGAUAAAUUUAAGUAUUCUGUAGCAGAUUAUAUUAGUCAGCUACCAGGGAAGGAAGUCACUGCUGGCUCAGUAAAUGGUGGUGAGCGGUCUUUGGAACAUACUGUUACCAGUGAGAGCCUUUUAUCCACAAAAGAUUUUCCUGUGACAAAGCAGAAUGAGGCUAUCGGUAUUACGGCCACUGUUUCAAGCCGACAAGGAGAGAGCCACACAGAUAUUUCAAAAGGUGAAAUAGAUAGUGCCUCAGGAAGUAAGAUGAUGGAGAAGGUAUUCAUCAGUGAGGAUGCUCCUGCUGUCUCAAAAGGGGCUUGUGAAAUGAGACCAGAAACCAUUUCUCCGGAGCAUGAUGAAUCCAUGCAAUUAAAUGCAUGCAUAGCAAGGACGCUGGAUGGCAAUGCUAAUCCAGCUCCAGAGUACCAGGCACCACAAAUGUCUCACCACACUCUGGAUUUGUUAUCAGACGCUGAUAAAUAUGAAGGAAAAAUCAAGAUGAUUGAAAGCAAAGUUCAGGUAGAUUUAAGAGAAGAUUUAUAUGCUAGCACUUUUGCAUAUGCUGAUGUCGCAAUAGAUUCCACACAAAGACAAUAUACGCAAAAAAAAGGAAUUGGUGAAAUGUCGGGAAAAAACUCUAACACUGAUGCAGAGAAGGAGAAGAAAGUCAUCGAAAUAGCAGACUUGGCAUUAAUCGGUGAGGAGGAAAUUUCCAAGCCUUUCAAGUCACAUAGGAAACACAAUGCCAAAGCCCUGAACAUAACACCUCUGCCAGCCGAGAACAACAAGCAGACACCCAGGGCCACAUGGGGGGAUGAGAGGCAAGUUGAGGACACUCAGGAAAACAGAGGAUUCAUGAGGUUAAAAGACAGAGAUAAGCCAGACAACACAAAUAAACAGAGACUGAUUGGAAGGGAAAGUGAAGCAAACUCCACCGAGCAGAGGUGGCAAGAAAUGGGGAGCAAGGUUCAGUGGGGAGCAAGAGGGAGCACGGAACCUCAGAGCACAGCUUCCACAAAAGAGUUGUUUACCUGCCAGGAGGCAGAGAGUUGUGAAAAGUCUUCUGUCUCUGAGCAGGAUAUUACAAAGGAAGCAGAGGCAGGUACAGCUUAUAUAAUUAAAACAACAUCAGAAAGUGCUCCAGAAAAAAUGUCUGCCAGCGAAAAAGCAGUAAUUGCUAAGCUACCUCAAGAGACUGCACUAAGUGACAGGCCCACAGAGGAAAAGGAAACAGCGUUUGAUACACAUGAAGGGAGAAAUGAUGGUUCACAUUAUGCUCUUUGUCAACUCAACACAGUGGGUGUAUUAUAUGACACUGAAUUUGAAAAGGAAUCAGUUUUAGGUAUUUAUAAUGCAUGCGUUCAUGAAACACGGCAAGGAGAAGUGAAGUCUCUAUGCAAUAGCAGGGAAAAAUGUGCCAAAGUACAACCAGACAGAGGCAAUAUUCUACCUGUAGGAGAAGCAGUAAACGUUUCUGAUACAGGAAAAAAAGAAGAUUUGCAGCAGGCAUUAUAUUCAGAAGUAUCUAAAUGUCCCCUGAGCACCCAGAAGCAUCUAUACAGUGAGGAAGCAGAAGAGCUCUAUAGGGAAGAAAGCCAUGUUGGUAUGCUUUCCCAUUUAUGUGCUAAAGCUGAAACAAAAAUGCCACCUUCUGGUACAAACACUAUUCCUAGUCACCAUCUUAAAAGCUCUUCAGUAGCAUAUUCUGAAGGGUCCACUGCAGCAGGAGGUAUGGAGCACCUGUAUAGACACUUUGAAUUCGAAGUCUUUGACAAGGUUGCUGCUGAGUCAGGGUACAAUUUAAAUCUACCAAAUGAAAUUACGUGUGUUAAUAAAAACUUCCCUCCCAAAGUUGAAACAGGAGAAGUACCUUCCACUUCAGAUACAGUAAUUUCUAGAGAAGGAAGAGGAAGAAAUAUAGGUCAGUGUUUCCAUCAAGCAGAGCUCCAACAAGAGAAGUUAUGGAGGCCAGAAGUUUUAAUUAGUAAGUCUACCCAAGAAGGUGGAGGACAAGACUCUCAAUCUGACCAUUUAUUAAUUGACAGGAAAAUGCUAAACAAUCUUGAUGACUCACAGAAAGAAAGCCAGUACAUUUCUGAUUCUGCAGAUAUUUCUAACCAGAAGAGUGAAGCACUUAAGUUGUCUAAUGAGUCUCUGGGUUUAAAACAUAUUGCCUUCAAAAUAUUCUGUUUCUUCUUCUUUCUUCUAUUUUCUGCAACACUCUACCACUAUGAUUUGAUGGUCUGCCUUGCACUCUACCUGUUCUCCUUGUUUUGGCUAUACCAUGAAGGAGGAAGAAACAAGGAGUCUAUCAAGAAGAAAUAACAUUUACUGUCAGCUGUGCUCAGGAUCCAUGGUCAAUAAUCUCCAAUUCCAUCAAAGCAUUUUCACUGUUACGGAGUUUAUUCAUUGUUAGAACCAAAGCAAGAUUUCCAGAGGAGCAUCUUUUUUAACAGAUUACAUAUGAACUUGAGCCUUCAUAUAAGUAAUUAAACUAUACAGGACCAUUAUGUUUGGAUCAUUAAAUACCUAUAUGAGUAUGAGUUCUGAAGCAUGUCAAGUUAAAAUGAAGUACAGCUGUUGCUUCUUAGCAGGAUUUGAAGAAGCAAUACUUCAUAUCUCUGUAGUACUUAAACCCACCAUUUACUUGCUUUAACUUCUUUUGCAGUAAAGCUUCAUAUUUUUCCGGGAAAUUUUUUUCUAAGAUUCUGUGUAAUAGAUAACAACACAAGGAACAAUAUAAAAUCUAAAUCAGUAUUUUGGUACUGACAUUGCAAUUGAUAAUCUGCUAGUGUAAUUCUCAAUGCUCUGAGCAAUGCAUCUCUUGAUAAGUUAAUACAUUUUUCCAAAUUUGUAUUUCAUUAUUUUGACUUAGAGCUCCAGUGGUACCCUUGUUUGAAAAAUGUAAGGCUUUGACUUAGUAACAUCAUGUAACUUUCAGGAUGUAAUGUGUAGCAGAAUAGAUGUUCUGUUUCCGCUCUGUAAAGAUUGAAGGCCACAACCACAGGCCUGGUACUACUCACUCAGGUGCAUGAAAGUUUUUGGUGUUUGUAAAUGAGGACUAUGUAACACAACUGAGAAUCUCACAGAACUGUUAUUUUAGGCAAAGCCUUUGAAUGACAUUUUUUCAUCAGUGUUGUUGAGCAUAUCUACAAAGCAUUAAAUAAAUUUUACAAAGGAACGCUA